UCGAUUUUUUGCUACCUGUUAGUAGCACUGGUUCCAAUAUGUCUGCCUGCAGUGCAUUUGCUGUCAAAGUCAAAUUCACGUAAACAUUUAAUUUCAUCAAUUUUAAUAUUAACAGUACAUACAAUGUAAUCAAGUAAAAAUAAAUAAAAAUGGCUCAAGGAGUAUUGAGCUCGGAUAUCUCCCGAAGAAACCCACAAGACGAUUACGAAUUAAUUCAGCGAAUAGGAAGUGGAACUUAUGGGGAUGUCUAUAAGGCAAAAAGACUGUCUACUAACGAUUUUGCUGCAAUAAAAGUGAUAAAACUAGAACCAGGUGAUGACUUUGGAAUUAUACAGCAAGAGAUUCUUAUGAUGAGAGACUGUUUACAUCCCAACAUUAUAGCAUAUUAUGGUAGUUAUUUACGUAGGGACAAAUUAUGGAUUUGUAUGGAAUACUGCGGAGGUGGAUCCCUCCAAGAUAUAUACCAUAUUACGGGUCCAUUAGCUGAAAAUCAAAUAGCUUAUAUGUGCCGAGAAACACUGUUAGGUUUACAAUAUCUUCACAACAAGGGUAAAAUGCAUCGAGAUAUUAAAGGAGCAAAUAUUCUAUUGACUGAAUGUGGGGAUGUAAAACUGGCAGAUUUCGGCGUUUCUGCUCAAAUUACAGCUACAAUAAAUAAAAGGAAAUCAUUUAUUGGAACACCCUAUUGGAUGGCACCAGAGGUUGCAGCUGUUGAACGUAAAGGGGGCUACAAUCAGCUUUGUGAUAUCUGGGCGAUUGGUAUUACAGCAAUAGAAUUAGCAGAAUUACAACCCCCAAUGUUUGAUCUACAUCCAAUGAGAGCAUUAUUUUUAAUGUCGAAAAGUGGAUUCAAACCACCUACAUUGAAAGACAAAGAAAAAUGGAGCGCUACUUUUCAAAGUUUUGUAAAAGUAGCAUUAACCAAAAAUCCAAAGAAAAGACCAACUGCAGAAAAAUUAUUACAGCAUGCAUUCUUCCAAGGUGACAUGCACCGAAGACUGGCCUUAGAGUUACUACAAAAAGCUAACAAUCCUUCACAUAUGUUUACUGAUCUUGAGCCGGAUGAAGAUGGGGCUGUACAGAACGUUCCACAAAGGAUUGCGUCACGACUGACUUCCAGACCAAAACCUCAAAAUGCCGUGCUUUCCAAUUCUGAUAUGGAUCGUAUAGAUGAGGCUAACAAUACCUUACAGAGAUCAGAUAUUCCUACUGUGAUAGUCGAAGAGAAACAACCUCAGUGGGACUUGAUGGAUCUCAUGAACAAUGUGACUAGUGUACACAACUGUGUAGAGCAUCAGAAUCAAAAAUGCGGUAUCGGAAAUGCAUUCGACUCGCUCAAUAGGGAAAAUCAAGAGAGAAAAGCCAUGACAGGAUCGCAGCUUUUGAAAAUGUCAUUGAGGAGUCUAUUGCAGUACAUUGACGAAGAAUUAAUGUUGAGGGGAGCCUACAAUUAUCAUCAGUCCGACUAUGAACAGCUAGCAACUCUACCAGUACAAGAUCCCGAAAACUCAGUAAAAUGCGAUAUUCAUGCCUCACCUUCUAAUCAUUCUAAAGAACCACCGUUCAAUGGUUCACCUAGACGACAUUCCUCAGUAGACGAAAUUUUCGGUUUGGUCACGUCCAUGAACUUGACAGGUCAAAGGCAAAGGUCGUUGAGUGAUAGCAGUAGAACAGGAAGGACAAAUAGGGAUAGUAAUAGGGAGGUUAAUGGUACCGAAGAAGAUACUAACCACGAUGGUGGCGCUAAUGAUUUGGUUACCUGCCCUCCUGUACCUCCAAGAAAACAUCGAAGGCGGCAUACGCCUCCUAGACCUCCUAGUAAUGGUCUCCCCCCGACGCCGAAAGUACACAUGGGGGCAUGUUUCUCUAAAGUAUUUAAUGGAUGUCCAUUAAGGAUCCAUUGUACGGUAUCUUGGAUCCAUCCUGAAACUAGAGACCAGCACAUACUUAUUGGCGCCGAGGAGGGUAUAUAUAACCUCAAUUUAAACGAACUUCACGAAACUUGUAUCGAUCAGUUAUAUAAUAGGAGGACAGUUUGGAUGUAUGUCAUAAAAGACGUUCUCAUGACAUUAUCAGGAAAAACACCGCAGCUAUAUAGACACGACCUUUUGGCACUUCAAAACAAACAGUCCCACAGAUUUAGUUUACAUAUGAAUAGGAUACCAGAACGACUGGUACCUAGAAAAUUCGCUCUUACUACUAGAGUACCUGAUACAAGAGGAACCCUUAAAUGUUGCGUCGCUCGUAAUCCUUACAAUGGUUAUAAAUAUUUAUGUGGUGCUACUACCAGUGGAAUUUAUUUAAUGCAGUGGUACGAUCCACUUAAUAAAUUCAUGCUGUUGAAGCUUGUGGAAUGCGUUCUUCCCAAUCCAUUACACGUAUUCGAAAUGAUCAUAACUCCGGAAUUAGAAUAUCCCAUAGUAUGUGUUUCAAUAAAACAAGCUUACCAACCUAAUAGAUUCAAAUUGGAUUUGAUAAAUAUGAAUUCUGGUGCUAAUUGGUUCCAUUCAGACGAACUUCAAGACAUGGACGGUACAGCGACGGUAAUUCCCCGAAGGGAAAAUUUGGAAAUAGUGAAUGUCACUCAAUUAGACAAAGACUCGAUUUUAGUGUGUUACGAUAAUGUUAUUAGGAUAGUGAACGUACAAGGAAAGAUGAAAGUUAAUAAAAAACAAAUCGCCGAAUUAAGAUUCGGAUUUAAAAUUGAAAGUAUAAUAUGUCUUCCGGAUAGCGUGUUAGCGUUUCACAAACAUGGUAUGCAAGGUAGAUCAUUGAAAAAUGGAGAAAUUACUCAAGAAAUUACGGAUACUGCAAGAACAUAUAAACUUUUGGGAUCAGACAAGGUUGUAAUGUUGGAAAGCAAUUUAUUAAGAACUGGUACACUAACAAAUGAAGAAGGACACGACUUGUACAUCUUAGCAGGACACGAAGCCAGUUAUUAAAACAAAUAUAGCUCACCGUAAUAAAAGGAGGUUUCUGCUUCGCUUAUCAAGUUUAUACUAAUCAAAAAAAAACUUAACUUAUUAUUAGAUUAGUGACUAGUUAAGUCGGAAAAGAAUACAGAAAUCGUGAUGUUUUAUUAGAAAAAUAAUUAAUCGGAUGAAGGAGUUUAAUCUGCUAGGGAUUUUCUCUCUUAAGCAUAUAUAUACCUCAAUUUUACUUCUCUUGUUAGAGAAAGUAGAAUAAAUGUGUGGUAUUCGAAGAUUUUUGAAUACCAUUAAUAAUUUUAGAAAAAGUACCUACAAUUGAAUUAUAUAAUUAUAUUUUCGUGAUUGAAAUUGAAAUAUAUUCUAUUGGAAAUUUAAAAAAUAAAGAGUAAUUUUUCACCGUAGAGAUUUAGGAGUUUUGUAGGAGAGUUUUUUCAUUUAUUAAAACAUUUUACUGAAAAUUCAUUUCACCCAUCUGUAAAAAAAUUUACGCAUCAAUCCAGACUCAAUAAAAUACCUUUUAGUGAGUUUUCAAACUAUAGCAACUCUUUUUGUUUAUCAAUUUUAUGUGUUACUCCUUAUGGUCCAUUCCUCUUUCGUUUUAUUUGGCUAACUAAAAUAUUGAUUACAAAUGACCAGAGAAUUAAUAUUCUACAUAACACGUGUUACUUCUUUGAGUUUUUUCAAUAUAAAUUUCCAUUAUUUUCUUUAGAUAGUUUAAAAGAUGUAUACAUAUCUGAGAAAGCUACUAAUGAGAUCGAUUUUCAGUAAAAAAGAAAUAAUUUUCAUGAUAAACUAAUGAAUAAUUUAAAAAAAACUUUAUUUCUAAAUCCAUUGUUGAUUUGUUUCCAUUUUGAAUUGGAUUUUUUUAGUUUUAAGAGCUUAUUUCCUGCUUUUAACAGGGUAAUCUUACAAGAACGGUCUUGUAGUUCUUAGGAGUCAUCGCAAAGAAGUUUAAUGUGAGGAAUAUCAGGUAGUUGAGCUGAUUUAUAAUAAUAUACCGAAUUCCUUGAAAAAAUUACCAAUAACCUUAUUGGUUGACAAGAGAAACCAAUAAUACUGAUAGUUUUAAUUUGACUUGUUUUCUAUAUUUAUUAACUGAAAACUUGAGUAUUUGGUUAUUGAAUUGCAUUCCAGUCACAUAUAACAAAAUUGAAAACCGUUGAAUUUUGAAGAAAGGGACCAAAUAUGAGCUAAACCUACUUACCUUCAGCGAAGCUUUCCUGCUCAGUGGAAUUUUUCAAAAAUGAUUUGAUUUUGUGACAAACUCUGUUAAUUUGAUGAUUAACUACACCGAAGAAAUGGACGUUUUGUUUAAAAGUGCUUGAAAUUCUUUAUUUCAAUUUAUUUUAAACUCAUAAAUACUCAUAGAUAUUUAAAAUUUAUUUGAAUAUGAAAUCUGUAUUGUACAUAUUAAGUUUUUUGUAAAUAGAUUACCCUGUUUUCAAAUAAAGCUACUGCUAAUUUACAAUUUGUCAUUUAAGUGCUGAAUGUACAUGUUUUUCAAAACUGGAAAAUCAAUAUUGAAAAAGCUUCCUAAUUAGAAAAAUCAACUAUAAUACUGACCAUAUUUUUUACUGUUACUGAAGUAAAAUUCAUAAUUACAUUGAAUGGUGUUUCAAGCUUUCCAUCAAUCGAUGGUUUGUAUCCCAGACGGUGUAGCUGGGGCCCAAAACAAUGAAUAUCAUCAAUGGUUUCAAAAAUUCCAACUUAAUGAGAUAUAGUGUAUAACUUCAUUUUAUAUGAGGUUAUCAAAUUUAGACAUUAAAAAUGUUGAUUGGUGGUACUAGUGACACAGAAAAAUUUACAUUAUCCUACUGAAUUUUUUGAUGAAAUAACAGUUUUGAAAAUCAUCGACAUUAUAUUUUAGCGAUGACAAAGAUAAUACUCUGCUAGAUUUCUGUAUUUUUCUGUAUAGUCAACAGCGUUUUCGGCUGUGGUUUUAUUAUCUUAUUGCGUAAUUAUUAACACGUUAUCUUGUACAUAUUGUAAAGUCUAAAAAUAGUAAAACAUACCAAAAAGUAAUUUAUUAUUAUAGGUUGAUGGACUUUUUUUAAUUGUGAACAUGGCAGUACAAUCUUGAAACGAAAGUAUAUCCUCGAUUAUAAAUAUAAAUUUCUAGCAGCUAGUAUUAGAGGUUGUAUCUUACCGAAAACUGUUUUUGGUAUCUUUUAAUCACCUUUUAAUUGCAUGAUUCUAAUGAAUCUGUGCUGGCUCCAAAGAAGAGUAUCUUUGCUCCUAUAUAUUUCUUGUCCGAAACAUUUUUUGUUUAUAUUUGGGCUUUCUAGAACACGGGAAACUGAACUUUCUACAUACUUCCCACAAAAUUUACACACGUUUCCAGUAUAACUAGGAAUUAAAAUGAAGAAACUUUUUUGUGAAUGAUAUGGGAGAUCAAUUUAGGAUGAUGCAUUUCAGAAAAAACAGAGCUCCGCUAAAACGGCAUUUUUCAACAAUAAAAAUCUUUAAUUAGGUACCUGUACAGUGUAGAACCCAUCAACUUAAUCUUCUACUUGUUUCAAGUAUCCUUUAUUUGACUAUAGUUUUACCGCAAAUGUUAUCACAACACUGGUGACACCAAAUACCAACUAUUUACUUUAAUGUUGAUAACUUCUCCCAUGAACAACUUUUGUUGAAUUUGAAAGACCUACACAGAUUAUCAGUAUUGUGCUUUGGAGUUAGGUGCGCUACCGGUGCUGAUAAUCUACAUAACAAAUAUUUUCACCUCCAAAUGAUCAUAUAAUAUCCUAUUGAAGCUAGAUUUUUAACGGCCCUCACAAAUUUCCUCCUGUUAUGAACAUUGACCAUGUUUCAAUUCAUUAUACUAGUUUUUUCAAUGCGGUAAGUUGAAGCUUUAUCACUGUUAUGUAUGAAGUUUUUUGAUGAAUUCUUGUAAUAAUUCACAUCGAAAUGUAUGAAAAAUAAUUGCACGAAUGUGUUCAUUAGUCAAUUCUAUUUUUAAAUAAAAACUAUACCUCGCAAUUAACUACAAAUAUAUACCGGGAAUGUCAGUGACAGAUGUAGGUAUUGCCAAAACUGAAAAUAUAAGUAGUCAUAGUACCGUAGUGGACAGCAAAGGACCGUUAAGCAUAUAGUUCUUCUGAUAAGCGCUUCGUGUCAAUCCUUGUAUUAUGAUUGGUGUACAAGGGGUGGUGAUACAAAAAAUAUAAAUUGAAUUGAAUUUUAUUAAGAAAUGGUCGGUUUCGUAUAUUUUGUUAUAAUGUUUCGAUGUUGAAACUCGUUAGUUUAUGAUUUAUAUCUUUUUAGUGUAUAAAUUACUGUUUUUAAUAAAAUAUUCUUCGUAUAGAAAAUGAAUGUUUUUCCAGUAUUGAAAAGAACUUGAUGUAUGUUUUCUAUCUCAAUUUGAUUCAUUCACUUGAUACAUGUGUGUCAUUAUCACUUUGGGACUAAAAAUCAACCUGAGGGAAGAAAACCAAAAGGAGCUCAGUAUUUCCACUAUAAAUUAUAACUUUUUACCAUAAAGGGUCAUUCAUUGCCUCAUUUGUCAUAACACAGUGAAUAAUGAAUUCCCUACCUAUUACCUUUUUCAAAAUUAGUAUAUACAAAAAAAAUAUUGAUUCUUUAAUUAUCUUUAUACAUCCGUGUUUGUAUAUUUAUACAAAUCAUCAACUUGUGUCAUCGUUUGAACAAUAAUUGUUUUGUAUUCUAAUUAUAUGACUUAAAGUUCUUCCAACAUUCAUAAUCUUUUUUUAACCUUUCUAUACUGUGCUAGUCAAAAUUUCUAUUUUUAAUAGUUUUGACAUUACUCCAAAAUAUUUUAAUAAUACUGUGCUAAGUGCUUCUAUAAACAAUGUUUUUUAUAUUAUUUCCUACUAUUUAUUCAUUGCCAGAUAAAUAUUUUUUGUUAUUAAAAUAAAAUUUAUUGAGCCUCAAUUGGCAAUUUCCAAAUUGUACUUUUAUUAAUAAAUAAUUUUAAGGGCGAUAUACCUUCGAUUCAAGAUUAAUAUUUAUAUGUAAUUACACCACAUAUUUCCUUGAUUUGUUAACUGUAAUAUUUUUAUUGAUUUUAACGUCACUUUUAUUGUAAACUGUUUAUUUCAUAAAAUAAAAUAUUUUCAAUUGUUCA